AUGCCAGGUGGCAAAUAUGUGCGUGCCAUUCCCGCUCUUGCUUCCGACGGCUCUGAUUUUGAAGAGGAAGAGUCUGUCGUGUCGGACGAUGACAGAGAAGAGCUGGAGGAAGCCUGUUCCGAUAAUUCAGUUGAGCCGUUGGAAGAAAAUGACUGUGUUGUUCAAAGAGUUCGGAAAGUCACUAGGAAGCGUGUUGAUCGGCGCUUGGUUGAAAGGCUGGAGCGCAUGGAAAAAGCGCUUUUCUCUACACCAGAGCGACAGCUUGUUGCACCCAUUGUUCCUCCAUGGAUUGCUCCACAGGACAGAUCACUACAGAACUCAGGCAGUCAGGAAGUUCGUACUCCGUCGAAGCCAGAUUACAUUGGAGGGAUUCGCUGGGAUAUUCGCCCUUUUCCGCAAGCCAUACCUACUAGUAAACUGUGGACAGAAUGGAGUCGCUUCAAAUCUAAUUUUGAAAUCGCAACAGAUUUGAACAACGUCAGCGAAACUAGUCGAGGCAAGCUAUUGUAUCUUCUCAUGGGCGAACAGCUACAAGGCUUAAUCACCGCGGCUAAGCUCUGUCCUAGUUUCGACGACCCGCAAUGCUACUCUAUCCUAACUCGGAAUAUUGGAACCUAUCUGCGAUCUUUGGUUGACACUACGGCGGAGCAUGAAGAGUUCACCCGGCUCAAACAGGAAUCCAACGAGUCUGUCGUAACGUUUUAUGCAAGAGUGGUAGAAAAAGCCUGUAUGUGUGGUUAUGGCGAAGAUGAAAAUCGUUUCAUCCGGUCUCAGAUACUUCAAGGAAUGAGUAACCGCGACGUCGCUAAUGCGGCGAGAACAUAUAAUCACGACACCCAAACUGUAAUUCAAGCUGCCACUCGAGCCGAGGCAUUCAACAUCAAUGCCGGUCCUUCCAAAGUGGAGGGUAUAAUGGAAGUUGCCAAUACUUCGAGCAACCGUCAGUUUGGCCAGAAACGAUUUGCAUCACGUGGAUGGGAAACUCGCGAUCGAGGAGGAGCAAGUGGCCCACCGAACAGGCGCCGGGAGCUACAAAAUAGGUUCGUUGGAAAACGAAAUCGAUGCUUCAGGUGCGACCGUCCAAAGCACAAUGGCAAACCGUGUCCAGCCUUGUACAAAUCCUGCAAUACGUGCAACGAACGUGGGCAUUUUUCAGCCACAUGCCGCAAGAAACGGGUGGUGAACCAGCUGGAUAUCUCGAAGGAAGAUGACGAACCGCUCAAAAAUGAACAGUUGGUUAAUUCUCUAACGCUUUCUGAUGUGCUGGUCAACUGUUACGUGGGUUCAUCGAAACCUGUAUCGUUCCUCAUAGACUCGGGUGCGGAUGCAAAUGUGAUAGGGGGUAAGGACUGGGAGAGCCUCGAAAAGCAAGUUAGAAUCGGCACAGUAAAACUAGAGUUUGUUGAUAGUUCAGCUCACCCUGAUGUCAAAGCAUACGCCGCAGAUCAACCAAUGUCGGUAUCGAAGAUUUUUUGGGCACUGGUAGAGGUCGAAGGUCUCGACAAGCCCGUUGUCCGCGCUAAAUUCCUGGUGAUUCCGAAAGGACGUAGGUCGCUACUGGGACGUGAAACUGCUGCUGAUUUGAAGUUAUUGCUAGUUGGACAGGCGGUCAACAGUUCUGAACAAGAACAAGAAGGUGAUGUUGAAAUUUUCCCGAAAGUUCCAGGAGUAAAGGUCAACUUCAGUAUCGACCGAUCUAUUCCUCCAGUUCGUAAUGCUUAUUUCAACGUUCCAGCGGCAUUCAGGGAAGCGGCUAGAGCAAGGCUGGAGGAAAUGGAAUCUAAAGGUAUCAUAGAAAGGGUCAUGACAGCUCCACAAUGGAUCAGUGGAAUGUCCGCUGUUCCGAAAGGCAAGGGGGACUUUAGACUUGUGGUGAAUAUGCGGGCCCCUAAUAAGGCUAUAAAAAGGGAAUAUUUCCGGCUGCCGUUGAUGAACGAGAUGAAGGCAAAAUUACAUGGAGCGCGGUACUUCACCAAGCUGGACCUAACUAGCGCAUAUUAUCACCUGGAGCUAGGGCGUGAAUCCAGAGAAUUGACCACAUUCCUCGCUGAAUCUGGGAUGUACCGGUUCACAAGGUUAAUGUUCGGGGUCAAUUGUGCCCCCGAAAUUUUCCAGCGCGAAAUGACCCGUAUUUUGGAGGGCAUUGACAACGUUAUUGUGUUCAUUGAUGAUAUAUUGAUAUUCGCGGACACCCUGGAAAACCUGAGGAAAACAGUUGCUCAAGUGCUCAAAGCACUUAGGAAGAAUAAUCUCACGUUGAAUGAAGCAAAAUGCGAGUUCGACCGGGAGCGGGUCAAAUUUCUGGGCCAUGAACUGGAUAAAGAUGGCUUCCACGUCGAUGAGGUAAAGGUUAACAGUAUCCAAAAUUUCCGUGAACCAUCAACGGUAUCUGAGUUGCGGAGUUUUUUGGGCUUGGCAUCGUACGUAAGUCCGUUCAUUCAGAAUUUCGCUGACUUGACUAGUCCGUUGUGGAAGGUGGCCAGUUCUCGUACUUGGCAAUGGGGACUUGAACAAACUGAAGCGUUCGAGAAGACUAAGAGCAAGAUAAUCCAUUCAACGGUUGCUUUAGGAUAUUUUUCUGAAAAUGACAAGACCGUACUGUAUACAGAUGCAUCCCCGGUGGCGCUGGGAGCGGUGCUGACCCAGGAGAAUCAAAACGGAUCUCGGAGAAUUAUCAGCUUUGCUUCAAAAGCCCUGACCGCGACGGAGAAAAAGCAUUUCACCCUCCGAACAGAUGCCAGAGGUGUGAGCUUCAUCCUCAACAGAACUCGGGAGGAUCCGAAGAGAGUACUGACAAGAGCAGAUGGGUGGGCUCUACGGCUAAGCCCCUAUGACUACGACGUGGAGUUCAUUCGUGGUAGAGAGAACAUUGCUGAUCCUUCUUCACGCCUUUCUGGAGGAACGCCUGAACCAUUCAAUGAGGAUACGAGUCCGUGGGAAAUCGCUAGCCUUGAAGCAAACAGCAUACAAUUUCUAACUGAGGAUGAAAUUCGUGAGGCUACAAAACAAGACCAGGAGCUGAUCAAACUAACAAACGCAUUGCAGUCUGGUGACUGGCCAAAAGAUCUUCGUCGAUUCCAGUCAAUGCGAGAAGAUAUUUGCGUCAAGGAUGGUGUCAUUUUGAAGGAUGGUCGUGCAGUAAUACCCAAAUCUCUCCAGGAAAAAGCACUGAACAUAGCCCAUGAAGGACAUCCCCUAGCCGCCAAACUAAAGACUAUUUUGCGAGAACGUGUGUGGUGGCCAGGAAUGGCGCAGGAUGCCGAAAAGUGGGUCAGGACAUGCCAGUCAUGCGCAAUCAAUGGUCGGCCAGAGAAAACCACUCCGAUGGUGCGUACCGUCAUCCCCAAGACUGCGUGGGAAACUAUCGCUAUUGAUUUUAAUGGACCUUAUGCCAAAUUCGGAGGUAUACAUAUCCUGGUGAUUGUUGAUUACCGUUCACGUUAUCUCAUUGCUCGUCCUGUAAAGUCGACCAGCUUCGAGCAAACAAAGAAAGUGCUCGACGAAGUCUUCGACAUAGAAGGUUUUCCGGAGUGUAUAAAAAGUGACAACGGUCCUCCAUUCAAUGGAGAUGAUUAUGGUCGGUUCUGUCACGAAAGAGGGAUCAAAACUGUUUUCUCGACACCACACUUCCCGCAGCAGAAUGGCAUGGUUGAGAAUUAUAUGAAGAUAAUCAACAAGUCCAUGUCCGUAGCUGCCUCCUCUGGGGGGAACUAUAAUGAAGAACUCCAAUCGGCAGUUCGAGCGCACAAUGCAGCUUCUCAUACCGUUACAAAAAUGCCACCUGAAGUAAUUAUGCAUGGAAGGAAGAUCAAGCGAGGCCUGCCGUUAAUAGACCGAAAAUUGCUUGAUUAUGACAACAGUGGCAUUGAUGAGAGAGACCGAGCAAUGAAAAUUCAAGCUAAACAUCGUGAAGAUGCCCGCCGUGGAGCCCGGAAGUGCCAGUUGAAGCCUGGUGAUACGGUGAUAGUAGAGCGACAAACGAGAGCAAAAGGCGACUCUAGGUUUGGGACACAGCGUUAUACGGUCAUGGAAGAAAGAAAUGGGAAUUUGGUGCUUGGAGACGACGAAGGGCGUACGAUAAAGCGACACGUGUCCCAGACAAAGAAGGUUGUGGAAUGGCGCGAGCAAUCAUUUGGACAUCCGGAGGCUGAAGAUGCUAUCCCAACACAACGAGCCACCAGGAAUAGGAAAAUUCCCAAACAUCUACAAGACUUCAUCUGCAUGGCAGAUGUCAACGAGAAUUAA